CCUGGUGUUGAAGUUAAUACCAUUCAAUUUGGAUGGAUGGUAAAUCCAAAUUUAUAUGGUGAUAAGCUUACGCGAACCUUUGCCUCAGUCACUAUUGGUGGCAAUCGUUGUUUCAAUCACCUCUGCUCAGGUUUUGUUCAAGUUAACCAAAAACUUCCUCUUGGUUAUGCUCUCAAGAAUAUCUCCAUCUUUGGAGCAGAUAAAUUUGCAGUUCGAUCUAUCAUAUUCAAGGAUCCAAAAUCAGGAAAUUGGUGGCUUGCACAUGACGACGUAGAGCAAACUGUUGGGUAUUGGCCAAAUUCCUUAUUUCCUAGUCUAUCGAGCUCAGCCAGUGAGAUAACAUGGGGAGGAGGAGUUUACAGUGCUAACAGCAAUGAAGCUAAUCCUCCAAUGGGAAGCGGCCAUUUUGCAAAUGAAGACAACAAGAAGGCUGCUUAUUUUAAAUUCCUUCGAAUUAUUGAUGAAUCCAACAACAUAACAUUUCCCCAAGACAAUUUAUUGCAAUACUUCACAGAUAGUCCAAAAUGUUACACCAUUGGUGAACUCAAAGGAGCAGGCCAUGCUUUCCAAUAUGGUGGUCCUGGUGGGAAUUGUGGAAAGUAA